UGUUGGUCGAAUGGUUCUGCGUGCACUUUUUCAAGGGCUUCAAUCUGCUUCAAUCCUUCCUUUUCGCAACUUUUGUGGCUUUUGUGGUGCUGGCAGGGUCUUCAAGUGUGUGAACAGGAAGGCAGGCAAGCUGGCGAUGUGAUGCUCUUAUAUACUGGAUCAUGGAGCCUGAUGAGUCUUUGGUGCACAGUUGCUGAGGCUCCUACUUGGAGGCGGUGGAUCGGGGGGUGAGCGAUGCUAGGAUUUUGCAGCACUUUGUUGACAGGCAGCUCAUCUCACCCGGCGUACGAGCUUCGCAGAAGUUUCUAGAACUUCAGUCGGCUUCACUGCAAGCGCGGUUUUUUGGGAUCAAGAACAAUGGCUUUGAGCUCCACGCUAUUCGCACAUCUGCCACUGAUUCCCGGCAGGCAGUGCUUUGAGCCGCUUUCAAGCACGCCACUCGUCAACAAGCUCCCCCUAAGUCUGCCUAGUCCCACCCUUCGCAUUCCUUACAGAUCAGGCUCGUUCGUCUGCCGUGCUGCCCCUAUGCCAGCCCCUGAAAGGCCCGCCCAAGCUUCCAAACCUCGCGUGCGGCCAAACCCUAAGUUCGGGAGGCAAGCACCGCCAGCCUCAAGCAGAAACCCCCAAUCAGGCCGCAAACCAAAACUAUUUCCGGAAGAAACUUUUGACGCGUCCUUGGACUCUGUUCCUGCGAUCGGAUGGAUCACGCCCGUGAGCAUGCCCCGUCGGCGGAGGGGCCCGUCCGUCCCCGAGCGGUGGCCGAACGAGGAAGAAAUGGAGCAGCAUGGGUGGGACACCGAUCACGACUUUCCAGAACCCCCCCGGAAAGGUUCGCGCAGCAGCCCUGUGCUCCACGGCAGGGGGAUGAACACGCCUAAGCUCAGGGUUCGCGCGAGCCCCUCGGCGCAAGAGGGGUCGUAUAAGUCGGCGGCGCCGGUGGAGUUUCAGGGCACGGGAGAUAUCGUCGAGGACGUGAUUAGGGCGCUGAGAAGGCGGCCCGCGGCACCGGAGGCGGUGCGCGAUGUGAUGGGAGUGUAUGGGGUGCACAUGGGGAAGUAUGACGUGAUUGCGACCGUGACCGCGCUGCAGAAGCGGCAUGACUGGCGACGGUGUUCCCAUAUGUUUUGCUGGAUGAAGAAGCAGGCGUGGCACCGCCCCAACCUGCGCUUCUACACGGGCAUGAUGAACUUCUUGGGAAAGCACGGGCAGGCAGAGCUGGUCACAUUGCUCUUCCAGGAGAUCCUCCUCGAAAAGUUGCAACCGGACAACUACACCUUCACGGCGCUCAUCAACUGCUACGGCCGCGUCCAAAUGUUCAGCGAGGCGCUCGCUGUCUUCAACCACAUGAAGACCGAGACCGGCCCUUGCCGACCAAACACCGUCACUUGCAAUGCACUAAUUGGCGCGCUGUGCCGGGGGGGAGAGUACUCCAGAGCGCUGGAGAUUUUCUCCGACAUGAAAACGGGGGCGAACGGCUUGAAGGGGUGCAAACCGAACGGGGUGACGUCGAAUAUUCUCAUUUCGGCGCUGUGCAAGGCGGGGUGCAUAGAGGAGGCCGAGGCGAUCUUGCGAAACAUGGGCGAUCCGAAGAGGGAUCCCCUCGGGGCGCCAAAUGUCGUCACGUACAACACGCUGAUGGACGCGUGCGCCAAGAACGGGAUGACGCGCAAGGCUGAGGCGUUCUUUGCCGAGAUGCGCGAGCGAGGUUUCGUCGCUGACGUCAUCACGUACACGGCAAUGAUUGACGCGUACGGGAAGGAGGGGCUUUGCGAGGAGGCGGAGAGAAUGUUUCAGGAGAUGCAAAGCGCGGGGUGUAAAGCGGACAGUUGGGCGUUCACCGCUCUGAUCGACGCCUACGGAAAAGGCGGUCAGCCGGGACUUGCCGAGUCAGCGUUUGGGAAGAUGACGUCGCAAGGGCUGGAACCGACGGACGUGACGUUCCUGGCGCUGAUCGACGCGUUUGCGAAGGCGGGGCGGUGCGCGGAGGCAGGGGUGUGGUUUAGUCGGAUGAAGAAAGCCGGGUUCAAGCCGACGGCGUUGCAUUAUAGUGCUCUGAUGGACGGGUAUGGCCGGGGCGGAAAGUACAAGGAAGCCGCGGAGCUGUUCCGGGAGAUGCAGCGGGGGGGUUGCGCGCCAACGACGGUGACGUACUCGGCACUCUUGACGGCGUGCAGUAAAUGCAGCACGUGGGAAGAGGCGCUCGUUUUGCUGUACGUUCUGAACGAGUCCGGGAAAGAUGUGGAGUUGGCGAUAUGUCGGCUGGUUAUGGGGAGUCCCGGGGAGGCGGGUCUGUGGGAAAAUGCGGCGCGGCUUUUCCGGAAGGUCGGGGGAGACAACCGGGCAAUCCGGCGGUCGUUUUUCAACGCUUUGUUGGACGUUCUGUGGGCGUUCGGGCUGAAAGCGCGGGCGAACCGGGUGCUCACGACCGCUCGGCAAAGUGGCGCGUAUUUAGAAUCGGAUCUCUGCUCGUUCCGUGAUACGUGCUGGGAGCUCGAUCUGCACUCAAUGGGCGUCGGAGCCGCGCAAACGAUGGUGCUUCAGUGGCUAGCCGAGAUCCGGACCGCCCUCGCGUGGGGCGCCAAGAUUCCGGCGGAAGUGACAAUCGUAACCGGAUGGGGGAAGCACACACGCGCGGGGGCAUCCCCGGUGAAAGUGGCGGUAAGGCAGCUCCUGGAUAAUCUAGGGGUGCCGGUGAGAUUGGUCGCCGGGAACGGGGGUCGGGUGACGUUCACCGGGUCCGAGCUGCUGACGUGGCUGAGGUCAGCGGAGGGGCGAGACCGUUUAGUCAUGACGGAUGUGGUGCGGCCAGGACCGGAGCAGGAGAGGCGGAAAGAAAGGAGGGAAUUACGGUUCUUUGCGAGAUAGUAGGGGUUAGACUUGUUGUAAAGGGACAGAGCCUGCAUUUGCAGUAUGUACAGAUAUGAUUCUUUGGCUUUGACAUAGGCCGCCAUUCUUUGUGAAUAGCCGUGGCCUGUGAAAGAGACACAAAAUGGGUUGUAGUGCCUGUGGCUCAAGAAUGAGGAGAAACUGUUCUGGAGGCGAUGUUAACUAGCAAAAUAGACGAUUGCAUGUUUGCUUAUAAGCCAUUGAGUCUAAUACCGCCUCAGUGUCCUUGCCGUAUGUCCAUCCGGGCUUGGACUUUCCAUGUGACACUGCAAUCCUACUAAGAAUUUGAGCAAACCCUUCUGAAAUGUUUUUAAAUUUACGAG